AUGGAGACCGCCCCUACCGCUGCUCCCAUGGAGGCCGCCCCUGCCGCUGCCGCCAUGGAGCAAGGAGCUGCCGUCUCCUCCCCCGACCGUCUCCCAUCUACGGCCGCGCCGCCCUGGUUCACGCUGCCCGGCCGCGCCGCCCUGGCCCCGGCCCCGGCCCCGCCCCCCUCGCCCCGGUUCUCCCUGCCCUCCCUCCCCCGCGGGCUGAAGUGGGAUGGACCUGCGAACCCUGCUGGGCCGAAGCAGGAAGCCUGCGACCACCUGCAGGUAUUCCGCGAGGCCCGCGAGAGCGCAUCCAAGAACCCUCCUCCCCGGCUCCCCUCCGCCUCCACACGACGGCGCCGCCCCUCCACUCCGCCUCGCACCUCCACUCCUCCUCGCGCCUCCACGCAACGGCGCCGCCCCUCCGCUCCGCAUUUGCCUUCGCUGGAUCCGGCGAGCCGCGUGUCCUCCGCCUCCACCUCUUCGCCGUCGUCGUCCACCAUUGGGGUCGUCGAGUUCGCCACUCGCCGCAUCCACGUCGAGGACAAGGUCGUCAAAGCCCAGAUCUGGGACACCGCUGGCUAG